AUGCCGAACCUUUUAGCAUCAUUCAACUGCAACGGCGAGUCUCACCUUAUCGUGGGAGUUUCUAACGCCGCAUCGCUCCGCAUCACCUCCAUUCUCGAGGCAGGUGCUCAUCCCAUCCUAUUCACUGAUAACUCACACACAGACAGCUAUCCUGCUUCGAUACGAACAAAAAUCGAGGAAGGCGUGCUUCAGGCUGUGCAUGUGCCAGGACCUAUGGAAAUAGGCGACAUUUCGACCGCAUUACGGACUCGUGGCCGCGAUGAGGUGGAUCACAUCAUCGACAAGGUGUUUGUGAGCUUGCCAAUCGCUCAGCAGAAGUUGAAGGAGCAGAUCUAUGACGAGUGCAGGCGCAUGCGCAUUCCCAUCAAUACCUCGGACUCUCCGGACCUCUGCACCUUCACGUUGCUCUCGACAUACACCUCUGGAGAUUUCCAGAUGGGAGUGAGUACCUCAGGAAAAGGGUGCAAGCUUGCGUCCAAAAUCAAGAGAGAGUUGACGAACGCAUUGCCCAGCAAUAUAGGAGAGAUCUGCAACAAAAUCGGCGAGCUUCGUGCGGUGAUCCAGGCAGAAGACCAGGCAGAGCUCUCGAAAAUCCACACUGACACCAUUGGCGAGCACGACGACGACGCCAUAAACACCAGCACGUUGAACGCGUUGGUCAAGGAGUUUGGCAUGACCCAGGAGCAGCGCAAAACUCAGCGGACUCGCUGGUUGAGCCAGAUCGUCGAGUACUUUCCUCUCAGCAAGUUGGCAGACCUCUCAAUCGAGGAUUUGACCCAUGCCUACCACGAGCACAAGCACGAGGCUCCAGCUUCCGUCUCAGGAGCUGCCAAGGGCCAGAUUUCAUUGGUGGGCUCUGGUCCUGGCUCAGUUUCGCUUUUGACGUUGGGAGCUCUCCAGGCCAUCCACAGCGCCGACUUGGUGCUUGCAGAUAAGUUGGUACCGCAACAGGUACUUGACCUCAUCCCUAAGAACCGCACGCGGUUGUUCAUUGCCCGGAAAUUUCCUGGAAAUGCUGAAAAGGCCCAGGAAGAGCUUCUCAGCUUGGGACUCGAGGCAGUCACCAAGGGCGAAAAAGUGGUCCGUUUGAAGCAGGGUGAUCCCUACAUCUUUGGAAGAGGAGGAGAAGAGUACCGUUUCUUCCAGCAGCACGGGUUCACCCCAGUCGUGUUGCCAGGCAUCACUUCUGCGCUCGCGGCCCCGGUUUUGGCCAAUAUUCCAGCCACCCACCGGGAAGUGGCGGACCAGGUGUUGAUCUGUACCGGCACAGGACGCCGUGGAGUGUUACCCAACUUACCUGAGUUUGUACGGUCCAGAACAACCGUAUUUUUGAUGGCAUUGCACCGAGUGGCCGAUUUAAUUCCCGAAUUAAUUGCCCAAAAAGGAUGGGACCCCAAGCUCCCUGCUGCUAUCAUCGAACGAGGCUCGUGUCCCGACCAGCGGGUGAUCAGAACUACCUUGGGCAAGGUGGCAGCAGCAGUGGAGGCUUGUGGAUCGAGACCUCCCGGAUUGCUUGUGACGGGACUUGCGUGCGAAGUGCUUACUUCCACGGAUAAGGAGUGGGAGAUUGAAGAGGGCUACGACAGUGGCCGCAACCUCGAGCUGUUCAUCGAGAUGGGCGUAGAGGCUGGGAAGGUGGACAUUGGUGCGAGGCCAGUGGCAGUAGCAUGA